AAGUUAAUCGAGAGUCGGCCAUCUUCCUCGGUUCGUUGUCAUUCACCGUGCCGCUCGCCGGAAUUCUUCUUGCCUUCCUUCUGAAGUCCAAGCAGCAGACAUGGACAAACCGCGAGUCUUCUUCGACAUCACAGCCAACGGCAAGGCUAUGGGCCGCGUCGUGAUGGAGCUGCGUCACGACGUGGUUCCAAAGACGGCCGAGAACUUCCGCGCCCUGUGCACCGGUGAGAAAGGUUUCGGCUACAAAGGCAGCACCUUCCAUCGCAUCAUCCCGCAGUUCAUGUGCCAGGGCGGAGACUUCACCAACCACAAUGGAACCGGAGGCAAGUCGAUCUACGGCAACAAGUUUGCCGACGAGAACUUCACCCUGACGCACACAGGACCCGGCAUCCUGUCCAUGGCCAACGCCGGCCCCAACACCAACGGCUCGCAGUUCUUUAUCUGCACCGCCAAGACGCAAUGGCUGGACGGGAAGCAUGUGGUGUUCGGCAGCGUGGUGGAGGGUCUGGAUGUGGUCACCGCCAUGGAGAAGCUCGGCAGCCAAGGCGGCAAAACCUCCCAGAAGGUCGUCAUCGCCGACUGCGGGCAGCUCUGAGUGGCCCUGGUAGCCCCUCCCCCUGUCAUUCAACAUUCCUACUAAUGGAACUCCACCUGAUUUCUGUUUUUUGUUUCCAAACUUGUUGCUGCAUUUGUGACUUUGCUGUGAAAGUUUCUUUUGCAUUAACUUGGAAGUCUGACAGUUUUUCUUUACACCUGAAAGAAUAAAACAUUCAAACAUUGCCUUGACAAGUCA